AGGGGGAUGCUGCAGCCCCGGCCCCCUCAUACCGCUCUCCACCCAGCCCUAGAAUAAAAACCACCGGUGACGUGCGCGCGGGGAAGCACCCAGCAGUAUGUGCGCGCCCACGGGAGGGGCCGAUAGAAAAUGGCGAGUCUGUGCAAAAGGCAGCAAUGCACGAUAGAGAGGCGCGGCUUUCGGCAGGAACUUGACUCUUGGAGGCACAAACUCAUUCACUGUGUAGGCUUUGAAAGCAUCUUGGAAGGCUUGUUUGGGCCACGACUAGUCAAAGAUAUCACCCUAUUCCAAGACUGCGAGCCAGAGGAAGUGUCUGACUGGUCCUUCGAUGAAAACUGUCUCUUCUGCUGCUUAAGACGUGAGAAAGUCAAGGAGCACAGUGUGGAGAACGGUGGAGGCAGCCACGUGCUGUCGGAGUGUGAGGACUUCAAACAGGAGCAGUCUCGGAUCAGCCGGCUGGAGAGACAGGCCCAAGACUUCCUCAAUGCUGUGUUCCACAGAAAAGACCUCCCAAGUUUCUCAGACCCUCACAUUCCUCUAGUGGCUCGUGAGAUUAUGCAGCGAAUGAUCCGCCAGUUCGCUGCCGAAUAUACCUCAAAAACUACUCAGGACGACCCGCCCCUGCCCAACGGCACCAUGAAGGACCAAAGCCUGCCGAGAGCGGUGUCUCUGGCCCCGGCCCCCAGCUCCUCGCCCGGGCCCCUGCCGGCGCCCAGCUCCCCUCAAUCGUCUGCCUCCUCCUCUCCGUCCCCGACCCCGGGGCCGUGCUACAGCCCCACCUCCUCCUCCUCCGCCAUCGCCAUCGCCGCUGCUGCCACCGCCUCAGCACCCGCCUGCACCCCGAGCAGCAACGGCACCGGAGCCAGUAACGGCGGAGGCGGAGGAGCCGCGGGAGGAGGAGGAGGCACUGCCGCUGCCUCUGCACAGAACCCCGUCCUCAGCAAGCUUCUCAUGGCCGACCAGGACGGCCCGCUGGACCUGACGGUGAAGAAGAGCCAGGCCGAUCCAGAGCCGUGCCAGCAAGAUGGCGUCCUGGACCUCUCCACCAAGAAGAACCAGAGUGCGGGCAGCCCCAAAACCUCGCUCGGCUUCAACUCGGCGCCCGGGGCCAAAGGGCGCUCCCUCAAGGCCGAGCACUCGCUGUCAGAGGCGGAGGAGGAUGACGGGCUGCUGCAGAGAAGCUUGCAGGACGGACUGAGGGAGAACUACUCCAACUCCUUCAAGCCCCCACUGGCCCGCUCACUGCGCAUCAAGGAAGAGCUCCUCAGCCAGAAGCACCGCCUUUCCAACCAGCCCGCUGCUCUGUCAUUGGCCAAUCUCGAGUCAGCUGGCUUGCUCAAUCACGGGCAGUCGCACUCCCUGCUGGGCCAGAAGGGCUCCUCCCCUUUCUGGGGAAGCAAAGCCCACCUUGAAAGCCUGAUGAAGCUAAAGCAGGCCAGUGGAGCGCUGAGUGACCUCAAAGACCUGCCUACAUUCCUGGAGAAUCACCACCACAACCACCACGGAGCCUUCUCCUACAAGAGUUCCCUCCAUCACCACCACCACAAUCAGGUGUCGAAGGCCCAACACCACCACAACGACGGCAAGAGAGAUCAGGGCCACUCGCCCCCCGUCGACCUGAAGAUCCCCCAGGUCCGGGGCAUGGAUCUGUCGUGGGAUUCACAUGCCUCUGACCUGUACGGCUACGGCGCCAUGGGCGUUGGGGGUGGUGCUCACGGGGAGAACACCCUGAGCCGAAAGCUGAGAGCCAUCCUGCCCAAGCAGAACCGGCGGGGAGCGAGCCUGGGAAGCCUCCUGGACGGCGCUGCCGACUACUGGAGAUCCGACCUCGACCACUCCAGUUCUGGGCCAGCAUACUCCAUCUCCGACGUGGAAGGGGACCCAAAUUCCAAGCAGCCAAGGAAGAAGAGGGGCCGCUAUCGCCAAUACAACAGUGAGAUCCUGGAGGAGGCCAUCGCAGUGGUGAUGAGUGGAAAGAUGAGCGUGUCCAAGGCACAGAACAUGUACGGGAUCCCACACAGCACCCUGGAGUACAAGGUCAAGGAGCGCAUGGGAACCUUGAAGAACCCCCCAAAGAAGAAGCUCAAGCUGAUGAUGAAGAUGGAAGCAGGAAGCCAGGAUUUUCCUACCGAGUCAGAAAACACACCCACCGUGACUCCGCGAGACGACGGCCCACCGCGAGCAGCUGCUGAGCUCCAGGACAAUGUAAAGGAAGAGAUUGAUGAUAAUUUCAAACCAAUCGACUAAACGACUUACACAUGUAAACCUCAGUCAAAUGACUUUAGUAAUUUGAAAAAUGGAUGGGGCUUUAUUUGUGCCAAUUUCCUUUGCAGUAUCUGGGUGAGCACAAAUGCAGGGAUUAACAUGAGGAGGAUUCUUUAAACAAACUGGAAAGAAACAACCAAUCGGACGUUUUUCAAACAAGCGUCACUUGAACGACGCCGUGCGUUUGUUUAGCUUUUCUAUCCAGGGGCUUAACAAAUGCAGCUAAAGACAUUAUAGAAAUUUCCUGAAGCAUGCUGAUAAUCCCCAGCCCCCAAGCCCCCCCACCCCCUCCAAAAAAGUGAAAAACAAACUCAAUCCCCUCUCUUCUCUGAACUCGAUACACUGAAACAUUGCUGCUGAUAAAUGCAGUUUGGGCUUUGGACAAUUUCAAUUUUGGCGGGGACAAAAAUGAGGGGAAGAUCUGAAAAUUAAUUCCCUAAAAA